UCGUAGCCAUUUGGGUGGUUGAAUUAACAUAGGGUUCCAUUCAAAUAUGUGGAUUUUUGUGUUCCGUGUGCAUUUUUUGUUGUGGAGAAUAUAACAUGAGAAAACGAUAGUGGACAAAGGGCUAAAGGGUAGAACGAUGUGGAACGCGCAGAUGUCGCAACGCUCGUAUCAGCGCACGUCAAGGUGAUGCGGAAGCCACGCAGGCCAAGCCUAGCAUGUAACUCCAGAGAUGACACGCGGAUGCGAAUCAGCGGUGCUCCUUCGCUGGUGAAUGACGGCCCUGCAAUGCGCUAUGAUUUGGACGAUCUUGCGGGUGAAAUUUGCUUGCUGGACUGGGGAGAUGGGUUGCCCUCAGCCUCGAGUGAAACACUCCCUUUCUAUGCAGUUCAACCGAUGAUGCAGAGCAAGUUGAAGGUGGUCUCCGUGAACGACAAGCCGUUCUCGUCUAUGGCGCAGCUUUUCGUUCCUCUUGAAGAAAAUCCUUUGGUGUUGCCGCUUCCAAAGACGCUUCCUGAUCCCGUUGGAAACGACAUCAAAGAGAUCCCGCAAGCUCUCAAGAACAUCCAGACAGAUUGGCGCAUGGGAGAAGGCCAGAACCGCGCUUCGGCCAUGUCAUUGAGUAGAGCCCUUCUUGCAAGAUUGCGUGAGAAGAUGAGUGGGCAAAGCGCGCCAGAUGGCAUUGACCUUCUCGUCACAGGCUGUGAGGUGAGCUUGUGGCUUGGUGAACAGUUUGCCACAGACUUGGCGCAUUGCUUCAAGCAUUUGAACGUGAGGACCGUCUCUGCCAACAAACUGCUGGGGCUUAGUGGUCAGCAGUUCUCGAUGUGCCAGACGGGGCAUGACCUCUCCGACAAUUGGGAUCUUCACGAUUGCGUGGUGCUCAUCAUCAGUCAUUCAGGGGGCACUUUUGCAUCAUUGGCAGUGUCCAAACUGCUCCAAGCCGUGACCAAGAGGAUUUUUGUGGUGACUUCCGAGUGGGAUACACAGAUUGGUAAGCAGCUUCGCGCGCUUGGGACCUACAGCCAUGUCUUCAGCACAAACAUCUCGCUGCGCCCCGCUGAGCCUUGCUCCGUCUCCGUCGCCGCGACACAGCAGCUGCUGACACAGAUCCUGAUGUACUUGGCCUUCCGCAUUUUGUCUGAUGAUGUGAAAGACAGCGCUGGACCAGUGAUCACUCGGACAGAUUUGGCCGAAUUGGAGCAUGUGAAUCGGACCAACAUCGAGGCGUUGCAGGAGAUCGUCGGGUACCACAAGUCGAUGUCAAAGACUGAGCGAGAGCUUCGCAGGAGAGGCCGAGCGUGGGCGCAGCAUGUGCUUGAGACGCCACGAGCUUGGAUCUUGUGCGCUGCGUACGUGGCGGUCACGGUGACCUGUGGGAUACCACCUAUCACAGCCAUUACUACGCAAGCUGGGCUCUAUGAGAAAGUCCCGCAGGAAUUGCUUUAUGUCGCCAGAGCUUUAGAUGCUGCGAUCUACAUCUUCCUGCCGCAGAUCAUGAUUUUUUGCAUCCGGUUGCUGCAGUGUCGACCAUUGCUCCACAGGAUGACCGGGCGGACAGUGGUGAUUGGAGAUGUGCCUUGGGUGGCUCAAUGUGUUGAAGCAUUCUUGUCAAAGCUCGUUGCGUGCACCUACUCGGCCACGGCGCUCGCCGUUUUCUCAGCCAACCCUGCGGACCACUUGGUGCAUCGAAUGACCCAUCGUGUUGUUCGAGGUAGCCUGUUGGCUUGUGGUCGACCUGAUGGACGUCUAGUGGCUUUGACCAGCGCUGAGCAAUCGGUGUGCUUGUCGGUGAACCAGGCCAGCAGCAUCCAGUCAUUGGGAGUGACUUGCGAGAGCAUCACUAUUGGACACAAUCCUCACAAGCUGCCUCUCACAGCUCAUCAUGUCUGCUUGCAAGGCUCAAGGCCACAGUUCUUGUGUGAGCAUUUAUUGCCACCAGGUGUGCAAAGUGCUACAGCUUUGCAAGGCUGUUUUGGCAAUUUGGCUGAUUCAGUCGAGUCCAACGACUUGUGGGCCAAGCUGCGAGAGGAUUUGAGCAACACCAGCAAGAAGAGGAUAGCAAGCUCUUCGGUUGAGACAAUGCUGGCGAGUUUACAAAAAGACAGCGACGGGCAAGUCUCCUUCAAGGACUUCGAACGCGGUUUCAAGGAGUUUAUGCCUACUCACCAUCUUGACCGGAAGGAUCUCAAAGCAGUUUUUGAUCGCUUUGACCAAAACUACAAUGGCGCAUUGAGUCCAUCAGAAUGUAAAGCCAUUUUGCAGCUGGAUUCUGUGAGCUUGAUGUCAUAUGCCCAGCUGGCUCGUAACACUUCGCCUUCUUCCAUGGACCACUUCAACAUUCAGGAAUCGACUGAGCGCAUCUUCGGUGCUCGGCUCAUCAACUCUGACAUGUCUGCCAAGGAUCAGUUCAAGAUGACCGAGUCCCAGCGUUUAUCCAUGAUGCUCUAUGAGAGUAGAAUUGCCUCCUUACAACGCGCUGUAGCCUUCUUCGUGAUGUUUCACCAGAUGGGAAAGACGAUUGCUGAGUUUUGGCCAUGGGUGAGUUUUGGGAUCCUGCGCUAUCGCAUGGAUCGCACUCAUUCCAUCAUGCGGAUAGCCACAACUGCAUCCCCAGUCUCGGGUGCCAACGUGCGCGAGAAGAUGGUGGACUUGGAGACAAAGAAAAGCCUUGUCCGGGUGAAGGGCCUCCUGUCCAAAAUGAUCGCGCUUUGGCGACAGCAGCAAGUGUACAGUUCCGCUGAGUUUUAGAUCGUGUAAAUCAGUGUAGAUGCCGCGCAAGCUCAAAUUUCUGGAUUUGUGCUCGGCAUGUGUGUUGG